AUUUGACUUUUCUUACUAAACCUAGCUUGUUCCAGGCUUCCAUGUUCCCAAUGAGAUUAAUUUUCGUCACAAAUUACAGAGUUUUCUGGAGUUCAUCACAAAGGCGAUUCCGUUUUUUGAAUUUACUGGUUCAAUUCAAUCGUUUUCCUUAUUGAAUUUGGUGUUGUUUCUUGUUUUAGGAAUUACUGUUGAUGAAAUUCCCACUUUGAUUCUUGUUGUUUUAUCUUCUUUUUUGAUUCUUGGGUUGUUGCCUGCUGCGAAUCCGGUCAUUUUCCUUGUUUGAUUUUAUAUGGUCCAUCGAUUCUCCCCGAAUUCAAUGGGUAGUUUUUCUGAUCUGACGGUGGGUACAAUUAUCUCUUUCCUUUUCCCCCAUCAUUGAUUUUCGUUUUCUUCCACCAAUCUUUCUCGGCUUUUGCCUGAUUUUGAUUCUUGUACUUUGGGGGGGAGAGAGAGAAUCUUAUUAAAGAAGGAAAAGGGAAAUAUGAGGAUGAUGAAGUCUCAGAUAUGGCAACCCUGUAAGAAGAAGAGGUCUUGAUCGGAAGGAUCUAGAGAGACAGAGAGAGAUACAGAGAGAAAGAGAGAGAGAGAGAGAGAUACAGAGAGAGAAGAGGAUCAUCGGAAAUGGACGGCGGAGGUGGGAGGUUGAAGGCUUCGAGUUCGAGCAAUGGUGGUAGAACCCGCGUGGGAAAAUACGAGUUGGGUAGAACCCUAGGUGAAGGAAACUUCGCCAAGGUCAAGUUUGCUCGGAACACGGAGACCGAUGACAACGUGGCGAUCAAAAUUCUCGACAAGGAGAAAGUUCUUAAGCACAAGAUGAUCAGUCAGAUUAAACGCGAGAUAGCAACAAUGAAAUUAAUUAGGCAUCCAAAUGUUAUCCGUAUGUUUGAGGUGAUGGCUAGCAAGACCAAAAUAUAUAUUGUGUUGGAGUUUGUCACUGGUGGGGAACUAUUUGAUAAGAUAGUUAGCAGAGGCAGGAUGAAGGAAGAUGAAGCAAGAAAGUAUUUUCAGCAGCUUAUUAAUGCUGUGGAUUAUUGUCAUAGCCGAGGUGUUUUUCACAGAGAUCUAAAGCCAGAGAAUUUGCUGCUUGAUGCUAAUGGCGUUCUUAAAGUUUCAGAUUUUGGUUUGAGUGCACUACCUCAGCAAGUCCGGGAAGAUGGAUUACUGCACACAACUUGUGGAACACCAAACUAUGUUGCUCCAGAGGUGAUCAAUAAUAAAGGCUAUGACGGGGCAAAGGCUGACUUAUGGUCAUGUGGUGUAAUUCUUUUUGUUUUGAUGGCUGGUUAUUUACCUUUUGAAGAUUCCAACCUGGUUGCGUUGUAUAAGAAGAUACACAAGGCUGAGUUCACUUGUCCACCAUGGUUCUCUACAAACGCAAAGAAAUUAAUCAAAAGAAUUUUGGAUCCCAAUCCCGCUACGAGAAUUACCAUUCCAGAGGUCAUUGAAAAUGAAUGGUUUAGAAAAGGUUAUAAGCCCCCCACUUUUGAACAAGCUGAUAUUAGUCUGGAUGAUGUGGAUGCUAUCUUCAAUGAAACAGGGGUUUCGGGUAAUCUCGUAGUGGAAAGGAAAGAGGAAAGACCUGCAGCCCCUCUUACGAUGAAUGCAUUCGAGCUUAUCUCUAAAUCUCAAGGCCUCAACCUCAGUUCUCUUUUUGAGAAACAAAUGGGGCUUGUUAAACGAGAAACAAGGUUCACAUCCAAUCGACCUGCGAAAGAGAUCCUUUCUAAAAUUGAGGAAACUGCAGCACCUUUGGGUUUUGAUGUGAAGAAAAAUAACUACAAGAUGAAACUUCAAGGUGAAAAAACAGGUCGUAAAGGGCAUUUAUCAGUUGCAACAGAGAUUUAUGAGGUUGCUCCGUCACUGUACAUGGUUGAGCUCCGCAAGGCGGGAGGAGAUACAUUAGAAUUUCACAAGUUUUAUAAGAACCUCAAAACUGGGCUGAAAGACAUUGUCUGGAAACAUGAAGAGGAUGGAGACGAAGGAGAUAGUGGUGCGAGUGCGAGUGUCUCGAAGCCGAGGUAAUUAUGUUUCUCUGGAAGUUGUUUGAUAUUGGGUUGAAGUUUGAGAUAGUGGAUAAUACAGUCAUGUACCUUGAUUUUAAACUCAUAUGGUGUUUUUUCUGUCAUUUGAUUUAGCCAAGAAGUUCUCCCUGCUCACUGACAGCAGCAUAUUUGAACUCUGUAUUGUGGUUCCAUCCAUAAAUAAUCAAAUAUUGUUUCUAUACGUGAAUAAAGUUUUUGCAGAAUAA